GCAUGUGUCGCGCGUGAAUUCCCACACAUCAACAGGUCUCAUGAGGGCUAAACAGCUCCCCCCUUAACUUAGGGCGCCCCUCCCCGAGAAAAUCGGUCUCUGCCCCCUCUCUUAAUGCAUCGGCAUGCGGUCUUUGAGUCCGAAAACGUCAAACAGUUACUCGCCGACUCUCAACAUUGAUCCUCCAAAUAUUCUGCGCUAGAGUCUCUAGAUCAAACGCUUGUCAAUUUAUAAUUACAAAUAAAAAUUAUAAAUUAUAAAUAAAAAUUGUAAAAUAUAUUUGUGAGUGUCGUGCAAAUUUGUGCUAAUUAACCAGUGAUUAAAUGGUGGAUUACUGCAAAUACAAAAUGUCAGGCAGUGAUGAAGAAUUUGAUAAUCAACCACAAUCCGGAAUGUCCAAAGCUGAAUUACGCCGGAGUAAUAAACCGAUUAUGGAGAAAAGAAGAAGGGCUAGAAUUAAUCAAUGCUUGGAUGAAUUAAAGAGCCUAAUUUUGGAAGCGAUGAAAAAAGACCCAUCGCGCCACUCCAAGCUGGAAAAAGCGGACAUCCUGGAGAUGACAGUGAAGCACUUGCAAUCCGUCCAGCGACAACAAUUAAGCGCAGCAGUGGCCACAGACCCAGCAGUGCUGACCAAAUUCCGUACAGGAUUUUCCGAGUGCGCUGGAGAAGUAACGCGUUACGUAAACCACCUGGAGAACGUGGACUCGUCGGUAAAGCAGCGACUAGUCUCGCACCUGAACAACUGCGUGAACAAUCUCCAACAGAUGGCGCCGUUCUACGGUCACUAUGUCCCCUACAUGCCUGAGCGGCUGUUCCCGGACGUGAAAGUCGGGUUCCAGGGUGACUUCCACAGCGGAGACGAGAACAACAACGCCAGUGCGCGGAUCCAGAUCCCCAGCGGGGUCCAGCUGAUCCCCAGCAGGCUGCCCACUGGAGAGCUGGCCCUUUUGGUGCCCCAAUCCGCUGGAAUUUCAGCAAACUUCCCGUUUUUCCCUCCAGCUAAUCAGGAGCAGCCGAGAAUCAGGAACAGCUCCGCUUUUACUCCAGUCCAGCGGUCCCACAGCCCGCUGCUCAGUCCCUCGACCUCCACCUCCAGUUUCGGCGAAGACCAGACUCCAGAGGCCAGGCAUACCGAGUCUCCAGGCAGGUUUAAAGUCCCUGACCAGAGCUCCAAGAGCUUUUCCUCUCCCGAGACACAAAAGGCCCAGAUCUCUUCCUCCAGCGACAAGCCUUCCGCCUUUGUUAAUCCCAAGCUCCUGGAAGAAGACUCCAGGGUCCGACAGCCUUUGUCUGUAAUUACUGAUAAGACCUACAACAACAGGAGCGCCAAUGGCCAGCGGAAGGAUCUCAAGAGGCACAACUCCGACGGGCUGCUUGUUAUUGCCGAGAAAAGGCCUAAAUAUGCUGAAGCUUCCUCUUCUUUACAUCCUAUUAGGGAGUAUGCACACUCUGUUGAAGAUCUUGCGGCACCUAUCAAGGCUAAUAAGAGCGGUAAUGCUAGAAAUUCUCCUGCUGCCCAUUCUGCCCAUGCUGCCCAGGGUAAUGGUGAUAUGUGGAGGCCUUGGUGAUCUUUAAUUAGAGUGUAAGUGGUAAAAAAAUUAUCCUGCUGCCCAUUCUGCCCAGGCUAAGGAUCUCUAAUUAGAGCGGAAAUACUGGAAAGACUCCUGCUACUCAUGAUACACACUAUAAAUUCUUUUGCUGCCCAUUCUGCCUAUGCUGCACAAAAUAAUGGCGAUAUACGAAAGCUCUGGUGAUAUUUAAUAAGAUCGUAAGUGGUAGAACAUUCUAUUGCUGACCAUUCUGUCCACGCUGCCCAGGAUAAUGGUAAUAAUAUGUAACAAAAGCGUCAGUGUUAAAAAUCUUUGUGCUGACCAUUACUGCCUAUUCUAUCUACGCUGCCCAAGUUAAUUUCCUGCUGCCCAUCUUAAUGGUGAUAUAUAGAAGCUCUGAAGAUACUUAGAAAGAGCGUCAGUGUAAAAAAUUCGUACGCUGCCCAUUUCUGCCCAUUAAAAAUCUCCUGCUGUCCAUUUUGUCUACGCUGCUCAGGAUAAUGAUCUCUAAUAUGAGCGUGAGCGCUAAAAAUAAAUAUUCUGCUGCCCAUUCCGCUCACGCUGCCCAGGCUAAUAUUGACAUAUUAAGGCCCUGGUAACCUUGCACAGAUUUUUGGCCAUCUUUUUUUGAAAAUUCCUGGAUUAAGAUGGGCAGCAAGUGCCAAGUUUAGACAGGGGUUGUGAUUGUUGUAAUCUAUUUUUAUUUGGGAUUUUAUUUUGAUAAAAUAAUUGAAUUUUCUUGGCCAGGGUUGCAA